AUGCGCGCUGCGCUAGGCUGCUUGUUGUUCCCGCAGAGAGGCGAGAAGAUGGCGGCCGUGUCAAGCGGAGGUGCUGCUGGGUCCGCUGCGGCCGGGAUUACGCACUCUGCCCGACCGACCCACGCAGGCAUGGGCUCUCAGAACCGAGCCCAACCAUCCGCCGGCAUCUGCCAGUCGAGCCGUAACAGCACGGCCGCUGGGUGCAUCACCAAUCCCGGACACACUCCGGCCACCAGGCCCCCCCCAGCCCGAGUGGGCCACUACGAAAUCGAGCGGACCAUCGGCAAGGGAAAUUUCGCGGUUGUUAAACUAGCCACACACAUCAUUACCAAAGCAAAGGUGGCUAUAAAAAUAGUGGAUAAGACUCAGCUGGACGAUGAGAAUCUUAAAAAGAUCUUCAGAGAGGUCCAAAUCAUGAAGUUGCUGAAGCACCCCCACAUCAUCCGCCUCUUCCAGGUGAUGGAAACAGAGAGGAUGAUCUAUCUUGUCACAGAGUAUGCCAGUGGUGGAGAGAUAUUUGACCACCUGGUGGCUCAUGGGCGAAUGGCAGAAAAGGAUGCCAGAAAGAAGUUCAAGCAAAUUGUGGCAGCUGUCCAUUUUUGUCACUGCCGCAACAUUGUCCAUAGAGACCUGAAGGCUGAGAAUCUGCUGCUGGACCACAACCUCAACAUCAAAAUUGCAGAUUUUGGCUUCAGUAACCUGUUUUCUCGAGGCCAGCUGUUGAAGACAUGGUGUGGCAGCCCCCCUUAUGCUGCACCAGAACUCUUUGAGGGGAAGGAAUAUGAUGGACCUAAAGUAGAUAUAUGGAGCUUAGGUGUGGUGUUGUAUGUUUUGGUGUGUGGCGCACUACCUUUUGAUGGCAGCACUCUACAAAACUUGCGGGCACGUGUUCUCAGCGGCAAGUUCCGCAUCCCCUUCUUUAUGUCCACAGACUGUGAGUACUUGAUCAGACACAUGUUAGUGCUGGAUCCCAGCAGAAGGUUGACCAUGGAGCAGAUCUGCAAGAACAAGUGGAUGAGACAGGGAGACCCUGACCCAGACUUUGACAGGUUGAUAGCUGAAUGUGAGCAGGUAAAGACAGAGAGGGAGACAGAGCUCAUCAACGAGCAGGUGCUGAUUGCCAUGUCUGAGAUGGGCCUGGACAGAGAACGCACACUUCAGUCUUUACAAACAGAUGCAUACGAUCACUACAGUGCCAUCUACAGUCUGCUGGCUGAUCGCCUAAAGAAACACAAGACCCUGCGUGUUGCACCACCUACACCACGCCCCAUUAGCUAUCCUAUUAACGCUGUACAGCCGACGGAUCCACAGGGUAAUCCCGUUAGCAUGACUGUUCCCCACGUCCAGCUCAUCAACCCAGAGAACCAGAUUGUUGAGCCGGAAGCUAAUAUGGCAUUGGACAGUGAUGAAGGGGAAGAACCAUCUCCAGAGGCCAUGGCUCGCUACCUUUCGAUGAGGCGGCACACUGUGGGGGUACCAGACCAAAGGACAGAGAUGCAGGAGGAUCUCCAGAAACUACCACCGGGUUUCCCUCGUGGUGCAGUGCCCCAGGUCCCCUUCCCCCAACUGGCCCCUACAAUGGGCCAAAUGCACACUCUUAUGCCCACACAAAGCUUACAGCCCACACAGCAGCUGGAGUACAAGGAGCAAUCGUUGCUGCAGCCCCCUACCUUGCAGCUGCUCAAUGGCAUGGGGCCUCUUGGUCGGAGGGCAUCGGAUGGCGGGGCCAACAUUCAACUACACGCUCAACUCCUCAAGAGGCCUCGUGGGCCCUCACCACUUGUUGCCAGCCCGCACCCUAUCCCUGCUGUAGCUCCAGUGGAUGAGGAGGGAUCAGACGGAGAGCCAGACCAAGAGGCAGUACAGAGGUACCUGGCGAACCGCUCCAAGCGGCACACGACGCACGCGCUCACGAGCACAUCGCAUGGCGAGCCCUCUGCAGAGUCACAGCGGCCCCAGGGCCCCCGCCAGAGGGGUUGCUGGGCCCCCGACAUACACACCCGAUCCAGCUAUAAGGACUGUAACACUCUUCAUCUCCCCAUGGAGCGCUUCUCACCUGUCAGACGUUUCUCAGACGGCGCUGCCACCAUCCAGGCCUUUAAAGCUCAUCUAGAAAACAGCAGCCUCAUCAAGCAACUCAAACAGGAGUGUGAGCAGCUCCAGAAAAUGUAUGCUGCCCAGCAGGAUGAGCGACUCCUGGAGCACACCCAGCAACAGCAUGUCCUCUACCAGCAAGAGCAACAAAUCCUCCACCAGCAAAUCCAGGGUCUGUCUUUAGGCCAUGGGGAGAGCCAGCCCAGUCACCUAACCCACCAGCUCCAGAGGUUGCGUAUCCAGCCUUCCAGCCCUCCGCCAACACAUCCCAGCAACCACCUCUUCAGACAGCCCAACCAGAGCCCUCCGCCUGGCUCUGCAGGCAUGAUGCAAGGGCAUGGAGGUCCAGCACCAGUGCAGUAUCAGCAUGGCACUCCAGCGCUGUAUCAAGCCCAAAGUGGCAGCCCGCCUCCCACAGGCAUGCCUCGAGUAUCUUUACCGACCAAUCAACAAGCAGCAUCUGCUCGCCCUGCCGUCCCAUUGGCUCCAGGUGUACCUCAACAACAGCAGGUGACCAUUCAGGUUCAGGAGGUUGAGCUAAGUGGUGGGGCGCAGAGACAAGGCUCCUUUUUAGCAACGCCAGGCGGACACAGAGUCCUCGGGAAGCAGCUGAGUGCAGACAACGCCGAAUCGCACAGUCGCAGCCUUGGUCGCUUUACGUCCGGCUAUGAACAGAACCAGUUCAAUCCCCACCUCUUCUCUGGAGAUUCUGCCUCCCGAGGCGCUGGAGUCGUCGGCUCCUACAGCCCCUACCUUCAGGGAACGUCCCUCAAGGUCCCUGGCCUGGAGGGUUACCAGAGCGGGGUCGUGGGGACUGGCGGCUAUGGUGCCCCAUCUACACUACAGCAGGCCCUACUGUCCCCAACUCCUUUGGACUACCGCCCCCCUCAACAGCAUGUCACCCCCACCCUGCAGGGUCUCCUGUCUCCCCGCCAUUCUUUAACAGGCCAUGCCGACCCCAGAUUGCCCCCUCAAGACUUGGCUGCCCUGCUGAAGAGGCAGAGCCCCCGGCCAUGUCCAGCACCCCCAACACCGCCCAGUGGUGCACCCCAAGAGUAUGGAGAGAUGUUGCUCCUCCACCAGCUGAGCCAGGGUGAGAGCUUGGAGCCACCUGCACCACAAGGUGCUCCUGGAGGUCAACACUACCACCACCUCCUCCAGAUUCGACCCCCUGAGGUCCAGCCGGCACAGCACCCCGCGCAGGCACCUUGCCCCAGCUUACCUCAUUCAGAGAGCAUGGAGGAGGAUGAGGUGCCGGCUGCCUACCACCACCCACAUGAGGGCCUGCUGGCCAAGGCAGGCGAAGUUCAUGAGCUUCUAGGGCCUCCUCGAGGGGGAACCCCACCCUACAACUCACCUACGCACAGGCAUGGCGGCUUCAUCAGGAAUGCCCCGGCGACUCGAGAACCUGAGCAUGUGGAGUGCAGGCCCCCAGGGCAGGCCAUGGAGGUGCCUGAUCACAAUGGUGUGGGUUAUUCCCGAGGUCCCCAGGGUGACGCCUAUAGGUCCCGUGGACAGCUACAACGCCACCACACCAUCCAAACCUGUGAUGAUGCCUAUGAUCAGGCAGACCCCAUGUCUGGGAUGAGCCUGCUGGCCGGGAAGGCACUAAGCUCAGCUCGCAUGUCGGAUAUUCUCAGCCAAACGUCAUUGACAGGAAGCCAGCAGCUGCACCAACGAGAAGAGUCAGUAUGUGAUGUUGAAGGGGAGCUCCAUGCUGCAGCGUGCUACCCCUCCUCCUGCACCAGUGACAUGCUCCUCAGCUAUAAGCCCCCUGACCUGCAGUACAGCAUGGAGCAGGCAGGGGUCUAGCACAGGAAGGGGUGCAUCCUGUGUACAGCGGUCCAUAUCAGCCAUCCUGAGUUGUGUUGACUUGAGUUGAGCAGCAUCACGCCAAAUCACCAUCGUCUACCCAAGCGGGGGCGCUCUACGUCCAUCUGUCUGUCUCCAUCAGUCCCUGGGAGGGCUGUCCUAGCUGGAGUGGAGGAGUGUGGGUGGGUGUAGAGACAUUAGAGGGGAAGGGAGGUAACAGGUUGGGCCUUUGAGUUUAAAGUGCCAGCAAUUUCUGAACGUUUAUCCAGCGAUCAAAGCUGCAGGUUGUUUCCUGUCUUCACCAUUGGGGUUUCACUCCUCCCUCUGUAGGCUCGACCCUCCCACGACAAACCUGUCCCUCCUUCACGCCCACCUGCUGCCCAGACCUAAUCUUCCUCUUUAACCCCUCGUCCUCUUAUAACUGUUGGCAUACUUCAUUAUGUGCCUCAAUGGCCAACGCGUUGAUACAGUCAUCCUUUGAAACACAAUAACACAAUAAGCAUACACACUGCUGCCACAAACCCAAAGUAUUCACAUCAGUGUGAGUGUGAGUGUGUGGAUGUGUGUGUGCAUGACUGACCAGAAGAGGUGAGCAGAAGGGAAAGGUGUCUGAGCCUCAGUCUGCUCCUCCGUGUCUCCCCUCACUCCUGCUGUGCUGCAGCAGGUCAUUCCGGAGCGGGCUGAAAUCUCUGCGGCAGCGACGGCCACUUUUUUUGGCUGGUCGUCAGAUGUUUGGGGUCAGGGUCUCCAACUGGGCAACCAAAUCGCUCUCUCCAAAGAUGGAGCUCAGUGACAUCGCACAGGACAAACCAGCUCUCUCAUUGUUUUUAUGGUUUUUUUUUUUGGUUUUUUUUUUCAUGUUUUCGGCAUUCAUUUUCUUUUUGUUUCAUUUUAAAGUUCAUUUUUACGGCUUAUGUCCAUGUUGGCAUUAUGGUCAAUAUUGUUACUCUUAUUGUUAUUACUGUUUUCUGUAAAAGAGGUUUUAUUAUAAUGAAUAUUAUUAUUAUUAUUAAAGGAAAAAAGUUCUGUGUUGCAAGGAAGACAACAUUGUUCUUGAUUACUUAAGUAAUUUCUGCACUUUGGGUUUAAGCUAUCCUCUCUGUCCGUUUCUAGUCCCCCUAGUCCGCAGCCUCCUCUGCUGCGCCCCCACUCUCUUGUCAUGCUGUUACCCUGCUUUCAGACUCCUCCCUCCAACUCCCCCCUCCUUGUGUUGCCCCUUUUCUCCAUCUAUUUCUCCCUUUCCAUGUCAGUGACAGUGUAUUGCAUUGUGAGUAGUUUUACCAGACAUUUGCUCCUUUCCUUGUACAGUGAUGCCAUGUAUAGAACGCUAUUGCAAUUUCUGUAUGAAAUUUUUCUUUUUUGUUACAUUUCUUUAUUGUUUUCAGACAUUGUUGGGGAGGCUUUUUUAUAUUGGUAUUGUUUAUCAUUUGUAUUUUUGGAUGUCUUUAAUUUUUUUUCUUUUUUGUUAUUUUGUUUUAUGACUCUUGAGAUUUCUAGCCAAAAGAGGACAGAGAGAAGAGAGACAGUGCUCUUUCUGUGUCGUAAAAAGAUUGUUCUUAUUUGUUUUAAUAUUAUUCUAUUGAGACACUUGAAUAAGAGGAGGUUAAUUAUUUUGUGUUGCUUUUUAAAGUAUCAUUUCAAUUGAUGUUGUGACUGUCAUUCUUGUUGAAGCCUGUUUUCUGUUACCGGGGUAGAUGUGGCAGGCUAUACAGGGUCAGGCUUUGGGCUUUGUCUGGGUUGGUUCGGGUGCUACAGAGACUUGACUCUCUAUUAAGAAAAAAAAAAAUCAAAAACCGAGGGAAUAACUUGUAAAAUAGCUGACAUAUCAUCCUAAACAUCACAAGCGUGGAGAUGGACAAACCCACUUCUCUUUUCUUGCUGCGCUACCUAUCUGCUGUGAUCCUCCCACCGUCUUUUACGACAUCGGCUUGUGAUCGGACAACGCCUUACAGAUGUGGCCCCUCCUGUUUCUGAGCUCACCUUGUUACUAUUGCAACCAAGGAGGAAGCUACAAAUACUAUACUACUCAACCUACAUCCCUUGAUUUUUUUUUUUUUUGUUUGUUUUUUUUAUGUUAGUUUUGCUCUCUCCCUUGAGCCUGGAAGAGAAGAUUGGAGGAGGACACGGCUGCAUUUUCAAACCAAAAAAGGGAAACAUUUCAGGAGGUGACGGGAGGGAACGGACUGUUUGGAUAGGACCUCCAAAACAAGAGGAAUAGGAGGUUGUGGUCAAGAGUGGGGCAGCUUUGCCCAAAUCCUAUGGGCGUCUGUGCUCUGAGCUGAGUCAGGCUCAAGCACAGGCAGAUGAAGGCUACAGCACACUUGGGACCACAGCAGAAGGUUAAACCCCCUCCUUUACUGUUAAUUUGUUUAACUUCUAUUUAUCCCUUUCUCUACAAUACCCUUGGAUAUUGAGUCUACAUUGGACCAGCAAGAGACUGUGGUCAAAGAAUAAAGCUCCACUUGUGAGUGUUCAUGUGGGCCAGAUUUCAAAAUGCCUGGUUGCACGUUUGACUCUUUUUUCUAUUUUUUUCUCCUUUUUUUAUAUGCUACAUACAUCUGAGAGCUGAAGAUGGUGUCGUGCUGCCUAUGCUUUCCAUUAACACACUGUUGCUUUCUGUUUACCAAUUUUCACCCUUCCUCGGGGAAGGUAGGAGCAGCUUUAGUGAUUAAUCCAAAUACAGGCGUAAAGUUUGAUUCUCAUUGUUUAAAGCCAAAUCACAAAGAGAAAAGUUGGAUUGCUCUUAGGGGAUUUGAGAGGAAACUUCUGGAAGAAAAGACACUUCAAGUAUCCUGUCCCAAAGCAGGAUACAGACUAAAAUUAAAACCAACAGGCUCCAGGUAGUCUGAUAGUGUGACUAUUGUCAGAGGUGUUGCCAGGUCUGGGUGUGGAGUUUGGUGAAGACACAGGAAGUAACUGGUCAAGUAAAUGGAAAGCAUUGAACAUGUUUCAAAAAUAUCAUCUUCUGCUUGUUCAGACUGAGUCCCCCUCCUCCCACCUUUUCUUUGUCUUAACUCCCCCAUCCCUUCCCUCGAUAUUUUUUUCCCAAUUCCCAGCCUCCCUGCUCAGCAAACCAGCUCUCUGCUCUACUCCUGUUUUACUUAGGUUCAUUUUGUUUUUUAUUGGUUCAUUUUUGUCUUUAUUUUGUUUUGUUUUUAUGUUCAUUUCUGUUGAGUACAAAAAUACUAAAGUGCAACAACAAUGAUUAAAAAGAAUAUCAACCAAACUGAGAUGAAUAAAUAAAUAUAUAUAAAUAAAAUAAUUUAAAAGAU